GUCCACCUAACCUGAUCUAUGAUCAGCUCGGUGUGUGUCUCCUCUUACCGCGGGCGCAAGUCGGGCAACAAGCCACCCUCCAAAACAUGCCUGAAGGAAGAGAUGGGCAAAGGGGAAGAGUCGGACAAGAUCACCAUCAACGUGGGGGGCACCAGGCAUGAGACGUACAAGAGCACGUUGCGCACCUUGCCCGGCACUCGGCUGGCCUGGCUCGCUGACCCCGACGCCCAGAGCAAUUUUGACUUUGACGGGCAAAGCAACGAGUUCUUCUUCGACCGCCACCCGGGGAUUUUCUCCUACGUGCUGAAUUACUACCGCACGGGCAAGCUGCACUGCCCGGCGGACAUCUGCGGGCCCCUCUUCGAAGAGGAGCUCACCUACUGGGGCAUCGACGAAACCGACGUGGAGCCCUGCUGCUGGAUGACUUACCGGCAGCACCGCGAUGCCGAGGAAGCCCUGGAUAUCUUUGAGAGCCCGGAGCCUGGGGCCAGGGGGGGCGGAGAGGAGACAGAGGACGAAGGGGCCCGGGAAAUGACCCUGCAGCGCCUGGGCAUGGAUGACAGGCCCGCUGGAGCUCCGGGGGCCUCUGGAGGAGGAGCGGGAGGCUGCUGCCGCAACUGGCAGCCCAAGAUGUGGGCGCUCUUUGAGGAUCCCUAUUCGUCCAGGGCAGCCCGGGUAAUUGCGUUUGCUUCCUUGUUUUUCAUUCUGGUGUCAAUCACAACGUUUUGCCUGGAGACGCACGAAGCCUUCAUCAUAGCUGUUAAUGUGACUGAGACGCUGGUGGUGGGCAACACAACAGAGAUCCUUGUGGUGCGAAAGAUGGAGACAGAGCCGAUCCUCACCUACAUUGAGGGCGUGUGUGUGCUGUGGUUCACACUGGAGUUUCUAGUACGCAUUGUUUUUUGCCCGGAUAAAUUGGUCUUCAUUAAGAACCUUCUUAACAUCAUUGACUUUGUAGCCAUCUUGCCCUUCUAUUUGGAGGUGGGACUCAGUGGGCUGUCAUCCAAGGCAGCACGGGAUGUGUUGGGCUUCCUGAGGGUAGUCCGUUUUGUCCGGAUCCUCCGGAUCUUCAAGUUGACGCGCCAUUUUGUUGGACUUCGGGUGCUGGGCCAUACGCUCCGGGCCAGUACCAAUGAGUUCCUCCUCCUUAUCAUCUUCCUGGCUCUAGGAGUUUUGAUCUUUGCCACCAUGAUCUACUAUGCUGAAAGGAUUGGAGCCAAGCCAUCUGACCCCAGCGGUAGUGACCAUACCCAUUUUAAGAAUAUUCCCAUUGGAUUCUGGUGGGCAGUGGUGACCAUGACUACACUGGGCUAUGGCGACAUGUACCCCAAAACCUGGUCAGGCAUGCUGGUGGGAGCUCUCUGUGCUCUAGCGGGGGUCCUUACCAUCGCCAUGCCUGUCCCAGUCAUUGUCAACAACUUUGGAAUGUAUUACUCAUUGGCCAUGGCUAAGCAGAAGCUCCCAAAGAAGAAAAAGAAGCACAUACCCCGCCCAGCGCUGCUCGACUCUCCAGCAGCGUACUGCAAGUCUGAGGACAAUUCGCCCCACAACAGCAUUCAGAGUUAUAACAGUCCCCUGGCAGCUGCAACAGCAGUGGGGAUGAUGGAGCGAAGAAGAUCAGAUACCAAGCAGAAUGGCGAUGCCAACGUGGUGCUGUCAGACGAGGAGCAGCCUCUUUCGCCGCCACCUGAGGAGAAGCAGCCCAUGAGGCGCUCAAGCACCAGGGACAAAAACAAGAAAGCAGCUACCUGCUUUCUUCUGAGCGCUGGAGAUUUCUCUUGUGCUGCCGCCGAUGGUGGCAUUCGGAAAGGACUGUUGAAUCCUCAAUGACUCACUAGAAGCUGGGAUUGGCUCAAGCAAUUUUCCUGUUAGAAAUGUAAAUGGGAAGAAUGUAAGCUGGAAUGACCUGCCUUCUUGCUGUAAUCCUGCUUGCUAUGUAUUCAGUAUAUACAAAACAUGUCCAAGGCAUCCCAGGUUACUCCAGUCUACCAGUGUCAUCAUGGACUCUCAUUCUUUACAAACACCCGAACUGUUUUAUCAACAGCCUCCGCCUUGUGUUGACUGAUUUACUGGCCGGCAUUGCUGCUGUUCCACUAUAGUAACUUAAAUGGUUCCCGGACCUUCCUACGGACGGACGUUGCUAAUCUUAGAUACCUUCCUGCAGGCACCUGCAGUUGCUUCAGUAUGUAAGUGCCAAGCAUUGUCUGCAGAUUUUAUUUUUUUAGAGACUCAACUGUGUGUGCUCCAAGCUUCUUCCAUAGGAAAUUCCCAUUCUAAAAAUGAUAUUCAUGGAAUUGUUUGGGAAUAUUAACCCACGAGAUGUUGAAAGGAGAAAUCUUUUACUUCCUGACAAAGUCGCUUGUGGAUGUGUUCAAUGGAGAAGAAGCAGAAUCAUUAGACUGGGGAGGUGAUUAUGUGUUUUUUCCCCGGUGCUGUUACUACAUCCCAAACAGUAUUUAGUACUAUUAUCUUCUGCGCUGUACACAUGCCUCUUCCUGUCAAAUUGUACUAGAGUCUUAAUAAAAAGAUCU